CGUCGAGGCAACCUGUUACUCAAGGGAAAAAAAGGGAGGCUGCACCGCGUCUGUAGCGAAGUAUUACAACGAGACAACAACAAAAAAGAAAGGUGUUUGUGGGAUUAAAAGCGACAAGAAAAAGGCAGCUUCGUUUUAAACUGUUACCUGACAGAGAGUCAGGGAUAAUGACAGCGCUGGCAGGAGGUUUACCCAGAAUGAUGAGACCAACUCCUCACCAGAACUAUCCGCGGGGAGGAUACUCUCUGGAAGUGUCCACUCCGUUGGGACAGGGUCGGGUCAACCAGCUCGGUGGCGUCUUCAUAAACGGCAGACCUCUCCCCAACCAUAUCCGUCAUAAAAUCGUGGAGAUGGCCCAUCACGGUGUCCGGCCGUGUGUCAUCUCCCGUCAGCUGCGGGUGUCCCACGGCUGCGUCUCCAAAAUCCUCUGCCGGUACCAGGAGACAGGCUCCAUCAGGCCGGGGGCCAUCGGAGGCAGCAAGCCAAAGCAAACUGCUUCUCCGGAGGUGGACAAGAAAAUCGAAGAGUACAAGAGAGAAAACCCGGGCAUGUUCAGCUGGGAAAUCAGGGACAAACUACUGAAGGAUGGGGUCUGCGACAGGAACAACAUCCCCUCAGUGAGCGCAAUCAGUCGCAUCAUGCGGUCUAAAUUCGGCGGAGUUGGUGACGAUGACGAGGAUGAUGAUGAAGUGGUGAAGAGGGAGAUGGAGGAGAGCGAACCGCGGACAAAACACAGCAUCGAUGGCAUCCUGGGAGACAGAUCCAGCCACUCGGACGAGGGCUCCGACGUGGACUCAGAGCCAGGCCUGCCUCUGAAGAGGAAGCAGCGCCGCAGUCGAACCACCUUCACAGCAGAGCAGCUCGAGGAGCUGGAGAGGGCAUUUGAACGCACGCACUACCCCGACAUCUACACACGGGAGGAGCUGGCUCAGCGUGCCAAACUGACGGAGGCUCGAGUUCAGGUGUGGUUCAGCAACAGAAGGGCCCGGUGGAGGAAGCAAGCAGGAGCCAGUCAGCUGAUGGCAUUUAACCAUCUCAUCCCUGGUGGUUUCCCUCCAUCCGCUAUGUCAGGCCUACAACCCUAUCAGCUGUCUGACAGCCCCUACACUCCUACUUCUAUAGCUCAAGCAUCCGAGCAGCCCAGUACAGUCCACCGACCGCAGCCUUUGCCCCCCACCUCCGUGCACCAGAGUGGGCUCGGCUCGUCAGCAGGCUCCCAGGAUGGAGGCUCUGCAUACUGCCUGUCUUCUGGACGUCACGGGUUCUCAGGAUACUCGGACAGCUUUGUGACCGGGGCAGGACACACCAACGCUGUCAACCCCACCAUCAGCAACAGCCUCUCACCACAGGUAAUGGGUCUAUUGAACCCAGGUGGAGUGCCACAUCAGUCCCAGAGUGACUUUGCCCUCUCUCCACUGACCGGAGGGCUGGAACCUAACAGUGGCAUGGCUGCCAGCUGUCAUGGCUCCCAGCGCCUGGAGGCUAUACCAGGUCUGACCAGUAUGCCCACCCUGCCAAGCACCCAGUCUUACUGCCCACCUUCCUACACCUCACCAGCCUACGCCAUGGACCACCAUCCAUCCUACCAGUAUGGACAGUACAGUCAAAGCAAGGUGCCUUUCAUUAUAUGAAGUCCCUAACAUUGCCUGAACAGGAGGCUUCCAGGCCAGUCUGACUUUCAUCGCCAGAGAACACCCCCCCUCCACCCCGUGCCUUUGCCAAACUUUCCCAGCCCUAAGGACAGCGAAAGAGAGUUUGGGCGGGUGAAGGGGUAGAGGUUGUUCUCCUUCAGCAAAGGGGGAACCAGUUGAUAUGGAGGUGUAGUGAUGGCGAUGGAGGGGGUUGACUGGAAUAAUUAGGACCAAAAGGCACAGCCUCUCCUGUUACCUGGCAGUCGCCUUGCUUGUACGUCACGUCAUGCUCCGAGAAGACGGGUGGGGAAACGGGAGUAAAUACAUUCAAAGUUUUGUAUUUGAUUUUUGUGAUAAGUGGCAGAGAUGCAAGUUGGGGUGGACUUGGUGAGCCCCAUGUGCUUCUCUUCAUCACAAUGUCUUAGGAACAGAAUAUUUACUGUAUAUUGAUGUGAUUCUUGUGUAAGACAUUGGAGAUAAAAAAAAAAAUUUGACUACACCGGGAAGACCAGCAGAGAGGCAUGAAUCGAGGCGGAGUGGAGUAGUGAAACCACUGCAACCCAAAGAAAGUGCAAUACAUUCAUACCUCAUGUGAUGUAAAUUAACACAGAUCAAAUGCCCCGAUUAUACCCUCAGAAAUAUGCUCUGUCUUUUCAAUGUCUUUAAGUUUGGGUUGUGUGCAUUGAUCAAUCAGGGGAAAUCAUCAAGCGAUGAAAAAAUAGCAAACGUAGUUGUGAUGUCAUGAAGCCAAAAAAUUCUCUGCCAGUGAAUACAUAAUUCAGUUUGACAGUUAAUUUUUAUUUUGU